CGCCUUCGCUCUCGGCAGGGCCUUCGCGUCUCUCUCGACGCCCGUCGCCGCCGACGUCGCCGUUGUCGUCCGCCGUUCGUUUCCAGAAAGCAGAUAUACAUCCGCUCGUUUGUGUAUCCGAUUUUCCGUCUAUCCGAUCUUCCGCAUCCGGCGCGGCCGCCACCGCCGUCGUCUACCUCACGUUUCUGUUCUCUCUUUCUCUCUCUGUCUCUCUCUUGUGUCGAGUAGAGUGCGCCGGCUGCGAGUUUCGGGCCACCUCGAGGCCGCUACCCGGGAACCAAGCUGAGCGGGAUGACGCGAAAAAAAUGUGCGCCGUAUGGACGUGGCUGAUGAGGCUGAAAUCAAGCCUCUCGCGCAUCACGGUAGGUUUUAGAGGAUGCACAAGCUAGCCAAGGGCCUGAAGAAGAAGAAAAAGCCGAAGAAGGGCAAGAAGGGUGGAGAGGAAGAGUUCGACCCAGAGGAGCUCGAGCGUUAUCGGCGCGAGCGGGCGGAGGCCCAGCAGAAAGCCGAGGAGUCUGGUCAGUCGACCGGCGGUAAUACCGGAUCCGACGAGUGGAAGAAAUUCCAGGCCUUGACUGCUGGCGUCGACUCGGUCCUCAAGAAGACCCAGGAUGAUCUCGAUCGGAUAAAGUCGACGUCGUUUUUCCAGCGAAAGGCGCCGUUGAACGAAAAGAAACCCGAGGAACCGGCGGGGCAAGAGGACUCCAAGAAAUCGUCAUCGAAGAAGUGGGUGGGUUUCGACGAGGAGGGUAAUCCAAUCGAGGGUGAACCGCCACAGAUCGACGGUCAAGGAGGCAAGAAGGAGGAGAAGCCCUUGGUCAGCGAAGACGGUUUCGUAGAAGUCCCAGAGGACGAGGAUGAGCAAGAGGACUCCGCCGAUGAAGACAUCUUCGACACUACUUAUGUCGACGUUCUGCAGAACAUCGAUGUCCAAUUAGCAUACAUACCGGAUAGUCCGACUGAGGAGGAGGCAGGGGACGAUCCAUUCGAUACUACUAGUGCUGACAAAGUUCUCAAAACAGUCGAUAAGAAAGGCAAUAAGCUAGUCAGCUUAGGCAAUGCUGUCGAGGUGUUGUCGGGAAGAAUCGAUCAUGUGAGCACUUGUAAGCUUACGAAAGGCAGACGACCUAGGCUCCAACAGGAUCUACUGUUGGACGAUUUUGACGAAGCGGAACAACCAUCGGCGGAAACCGUCGCGGCGGAACCAGUAGACGUAGAGAAGACUCUUCUGGAUGACGAUAGCGAUCUUCCCGACAUCCCCGUCGACUUGACAAAACUACCACCCGUGUUACCAAGACCGGUUACACCCGUCAAUUCCGUAGUUACUCAGGAAACUACGACGCCAAUCACCGAGAAAGCUCCGAACGGUCCGUUAGACAUAUCCGAGUUUGAGGUUCUGAAGGAAAAGACCGUAUUGGAAGAGAUUCCCGACUUGGAUGAUGCCGAAUUCGAUCUAGACGCCGCGCCGGAUGAGCCGGUUCAUCUCGAGGAGGCUGAUGACCCCUUCGCAGCAAAGGAAUCUGAAACAGUUGAUUUUCAGACGGAGAUAAUUGAAGCCAGCUUCGAGGCGGCCACUUUUGCCGACGAGGCUGAUCCUUUCGACACCACUUUCGCAACUAACAUCCUACCGGGUAAAGCGGAACUGAAGUUCAUCGAGAAGGAGCUCGAGGAACUGCCAGUCUCGGAAGUAUCCAUAUCUCUUACUGAUCCUGCUGGAUUGAACAGAGAUUACGAGACUGGUUUACUAAAGUUAGACGAGCAGAAAAACGAUCACAAUGGCACACAAUUACUCAAAAGGGAUCUGCUAGGCGGUUCGACAACCGAUCUUAGCCAAUUAGCAGACCAGCCAAUUGCGCCCGUGGAGGAGAUCAUCUACGUUGAUCCUUUCGACACGUCCGCAGUAAAGGAACUCCCACCCGGCCAGACAGAGCUCAAAGUAUUGGAGAAAGAAUUGCUCGGCGAACAAGUCAGCAGUCACAUCGAGGACGACGACGAUUUCGAUCCGAGGAAAGAUGAGGAAUCAGUAAAACAGCUGCCUGAGAAACCACCGCCGCCUCGGCCACCUGUGCCACCUGUGCCAGUUACAUCCGCGCCAACUAAGCCCACGUUUGAAGUUACCUUCGAAGAGGAUAACAAAACCGAGGCGGCACCGACAAAAGUGGAAAGAAAAACUUCCCGGCCGGAAGUUCUCGAGCUAGCACCAACCAAGGCCGUUGCAUUCGAGUUGCCGACACCGUCGAAGAGGCCUGAUCUUCUCGCAACUUCCGAAGAGGAGAAGACUUUACCCUCCAAGCCGUUAACACCAUAUUAUCCAUCGCAAAAAUCCUUGGAGGAAUCGUUGCCGAUAGACGACGAAGAAGUAGAUGUCGACCCGUUCGACACCAGUUUUGUCAAUAACGUCGCGCCAGGCAAGACAGAGCUCAAGCUCAUCGAGUCAGAGUUGCUGAAGCAGGAACCGAGGCUGCCUCACAGUUUGAGUGAUUACGAUUUCGAUCCGAGAGCCACCGCCGAGCCUGUCAGGAGGCAGAGUGACUUCACGGCCACUUCCGUAACAUCGAGAGAUCUGAAACUCGCGCAGCUGCAAUCAACCCUGAUACAAAAAGUUGAAGAGGAGGUAAUUUCGAAACACGAACCCCAGAGACAGGAGAGUUUGUUAGACGCGGAGGUCGAGGUCGACGCGAAACCUCUCACACCUAAAAUCGAGAGUAAGUCCAUUGAAGAGUCCAUUGAGAUCUCUUAUUCGGAUCCUUUUGACACUUCCAUCGCGACCAACAUCCUUCCCGGUAAAGCAGAGUUGAAGAUAUUGGAGAGUGAGUUGGAACAGCUACCUCAGCAACCACCGCCGCGUCCAAAACCUAUUAAUCUACCCGCGGUAGUAUCAACUGUUGUACCAGUAGUUCCAGAAAUUGAUCCAGACUUCGAUCCCAGAGCAGACGAAGUAAAGGAAUCGGAAGAUUUCUUGUCCUUGGAUGGGCAGGAUCCCGGUGAUAAAGUGUUGACACCGCUUCAGAACAAAGACUUCAGUGUGGACGACGACGUGGAUCCCUUUGACACGAGUUUUGCUACCAUUGAACCUGGACGAACUGAAUUAAAAUUACUUGAAUCGGAACUGAUGAAUUUAAGCCCAAGCUCAAUCAUGGAUUCCAAAGGCGGAAAUCCAUUUUUAAUGGAUGAUUACGCAACGGAGCCGGGGGGCGGCUUGCCUCCGCAGGUCUCCAAUCCUUUCCUGCAGGAUUUCACUGAUACAGCUACUUCCGGCGCGGGCGAGAAUCCUUUCCUGAAUUUCAGCAGCGAACAAUCGUACGAACCUGCAGUGUCCGUCGAUUCUACCAACCCGUUCGCCUCCUUCGGUAUCGAGAGCACAGCUCCGAGCGCCGGAUUUGAAGUGACUGUCGAUAAUACGCCAGCAACCAACGUCUUCACUAGCCAAUUAUCCAAUAUUUUCGCCACGCCUGACAACGCGAGCGUGGACCUAUUUGGCACAGAAACAACGUCGCCAGAGAAACAAUCAACGCCGGUUAUCAGUCCACCGGAACAACCGAUGACACCGACAAUCGCAUCUACACCACCAUCAAAGAACGGAAAACCGCCACCAUCGAGGCCACCGCCGCCAAGACCGCAGCCACCCGCGCCGCCGCAACCCCCCGCUAAGAACACGAAAGAUUUAAUACUGUCGGUCACGGGAGCCAUGGACGCGACCUCGAACCAUCUUCUGGACCGCUUGCAGGCGACAAGAACGCCCAGCCCCACGCUAAUGCACUCCCCGUCGCCGACUCCGGAGCACAGCUUUGCCGAUCUCCUGGACGUCGACAGUAAUGUACCAGAUCUGAUUCCGGAUGACACCAAAGCCGAGCCACCAAAUAAUCAAGAUAUCUUGGACCUAUUCGACGCGCCCAACACAGAUGUCACCGCGACCGCUAUCUUUUCUACUCCUAUGACCACCACGAGCACUACCAGUCUCAUUACUGGUGUCCCGUUGACGACCGCCGCCAAACAGGACAAUCCCUUCGCGAACAUGAGCGAAGAAAUCACAUCGCCGCCUGUGGUUUCACAGGCACAGCCCGCUUUUGGAAUGGAAUACUCGGAGGACACUGUCAGCAACGAGAAACGGCCUUCGAUAUCUUCAGCGACUCCUUUUGCAGACAUAGAAACGGAAACUGAAAACUCUGGUGCUGUUUUGGAUCUCACGGAACCUGCUUUCGUUGAACCCAUAUCGACAGCGGCUACCGAACUCUUCCAAGGAACGAAACAAAUCUCCACCAGCGCUGACGCAAACUUCUUUUCUAUGACCGACACAACCACGACAAGUAUGCCGUUUGGCGUAGCCGAGACAACAUCCGCGCCCUUCGCAACUGCGGCGAUCACUAAACCCUUGUUUGCGACGACGGAAGUUGCGCAGCCUACUCAAGAUGCUUUCGCUUCAGAUCUACUGGGCGACUUUGGAGAACCGACGAAAGAGCUUAGUGGUGGUCUGAUUUCCACCAGUCCAAUCCCUGGAACGGAGUUCCCUGGGAACGAGGCUUAUCGACCUGAAGAACAGUUGGAUAAUUUUGCUGCUACAACGAAGGCGAUCGAGGAUACAGGCGAUUCGUUCGACGCUUUUGCAUCCAAGUUUGACAGGGCCGCUGAACCGGAUACCAAUGGAGCGGAUCCCUUCCUGGAUGCCUUCGGCGGUGGACCAAUUGCCAUGGACACUUCCAGCGACGUUUGGGGAGAUUCGGCGGCGGGCCCGGAAACGGCGAUCACCGGCUUCGGAGAAGCCGACGGAUUUGAUUCCUUCCUGAGUAUGACAGCUCCACCGCCUGACACGAAAGUGAAAAGAUCCGAGUCGGCAGAGUCGGACGAAGGGCCGGAUUUCAGCGUGUUCAUUAAACCGAAAGAAGGAGAUCAAACGACGACAGCGGAAGGUGGACCCGUACCUACAUUAGCACCGCCACCGAAGAGUCCGCAGGUAGCCGCAUAUGCAGAUUCCGCGCCGCGUUUCAAUCCCUUCGACAAGUCCGGGAAUGCACAGGAUGCUGUGGUAUCCGAAACUGCUCAGACAGCCGAGAUGGCCAGGACAGAUUCACAGGAAACACCGCCUACUCCAUUAUUCGACGAAGAUGUCAGUCAACCGCUCGAGGACUUCCCGAGAGUAACAUAUACUGGCGAUGGUUGGGAGAUGCAGCUGCGACAGCCGAAUAAAAAGAAAAUCACUGGGCAACGAUUUUGGAAGAAGAUCUUCGCCAAACUGGUUUACCAGGGUGACAAUCCGAUAUUGCAGCUGUUCAACAAUAAAGACGACAAAGAUCCAUUUCAAGAAUUGCCUCUGCUCGCUUGCUAUUCAGUAUCAGACAUCGGUGCUCAACAAUUCGAUCAGUAUGGAAAGAUCUUUACGGUAAAACUGCAAUACAUCUUCUACAAAGAAAGACCUGGCGUACGGCCCGGCCAAGUCACGAAGGCAGAACGGCUCACUAAUAAACUCAGUCAGUUCGCCGCUUACGCCAUUCAGGGGGAUUAUCAAGGUGUCAAGGAGUUUGGCAGCGAUCUGAAGAAAUUGGGUCUUCCUGUUGAACAUGCACCGCAGAUUUCUCAGUUAUUCAAACUCGGUUCCCAAUGUUUCGAGGACAUGAAACAAUUUUCCUGUGCUAUUGAGGAAGCUCUCUUCAGGUUACCAGCACACCGAGAUCGGGCGCUAAGUUACAAAAUGGAAGAAGUGCAGAUAACGGUCGUAGAUGAACUGUAUGUCGAACAGAACGCGGAAGGUCACGUAGAGAAGCAAAUCGCGCGUGUCCGGCUUUUCUUCCUGGGAUUCCUUACCGGUAUGCCCGAUGUAGAGUUAGGAAUAAAUGAUAUGUGGCGACAGGGUAAAGAAGUUGUUGGCAGACACGACAUUAUCCCCGUAGUGACGGAAGAAUGGAUUCGUUUGGAAAACGUCGAGUUUCACUCAUGCGUUCAGCAGGACGAGUAUGAAAAAUCGCGGAUAAUAAAGUUCAAGCCACCCGAUGCAUGUUACAUUGAACUGAUGCGGUUCCGCGUAAGACCGCCCAAAAACAGAGAGCUGCCACUUCAGUUAAAAGCUGUUAUGUGCGUUACUGGGAACAAGGUGGAGUUGAGAGCAGAUAUUCUUGUACCGGGUUUUGCGUCGAGAAAACUGGGCCAAAUACCAUGCGAGGACGUAAUGGUUCGCUUUCCUAUUCCCGAGUGCUGGAUCUACCUCUUCAGGGUGGAGAAGCAUUUCAGAUAUGGUUCGGUGAAAUCGGCGCACAGAAGAACUGGGAAGAUCAAGGGUAUCGAGAGGUUCUUGGGCGCUGUCGACACAUUGGAACCACAGCUGAUGGAAGUCACUUCCGGUCAGGCAAAAUACGAACAUCAACAUCGGGCUAUCGUGUGGAGGAUGCCUAGGUUGCCGAAAGAGGGACAAGGCGCGUACACGACGCAUCAGCUUGUUUGCCGUAUGGCUCUCACCUCCUACGAUCAAAUCCCCGAAAAUCUCUCGAGAUAUUGCUACGUGGAGUUCACGAUGCCGGCGACACAGGUAUCCCACACGACCGCGAGGAGCGUCAGCCUUCAGAACAGCGACAGUGACGCACCUCCGGAGAAGUACGUCCGAAAUUUGUCGCGUCACGAGUACAGGGUGAUGAUCGAGCAUACGCAGGGUGAAGGACCGGGUGCGUAUGUCUCGGCGACGCACACGAAGAAGAUCCCGGAAACCACGCCGGAAGUCCACACUGAAGUGUCCGACACGCCGGCCGACUCCGAUUCCGACUCCUCGGAGUAAUCGUUCGCUGGAUCGAUCAAUCGUCCGUGCUGUAACAAUUAGCACGUAGACAGCGGGAAAGGGGUGAGAGGAAGAGGGAAAGAGAAAGAGAACGCGAGUUACAUAGCCGGCUCUAGUCGUUUAAGGGACGAACGUAGGUACUAUACAGUGUUAUUAAUCUGUAUAUACAAAGAGAAAAUGCGCGCGCGAAUCGGCCGCACGGGGUGUUUCGUAAGUCGCCGAUAGUUAUAAUAAACAGUGAAUAAUUAUCCCACUUAUGCAAAAGUAUAAUGAUUCAUGAAAAAAUAUUAUAGAGCUGAUAUUAUAGGAGGGGAUCGAGAUGGAAAGAAUAUUCUUGAAAAGAACAAGAGAUCUUAUUAACUAUUUGCCCAACGACUUGGAAACUAAUGCGGUUUAGAUCUACUGUUCACAUUAAUUAUAUACACAUCCUAUUAUCAUUAGGCGCUAUUUCACACUUCAAAGAUUUAUCAGUAGUUUAUCUGUACUCGUGAUAAAUGGAUCUCGUAUUUCUCUGUAUGAGGAGAGUGAAAGCAAAACCCAAGUUAAAAUCCAACUGGAAGAGAGAGACUGUGUACUGUGUACGUGAUAUAUGAAAUGGAAUCAGGUCGGCAAACAGUAUAUAAUUAAUCGAUUUACAAAAAAUCUUAACCCGGCUCGGGAUAAUGACCCAGUAUCUGAUUAAAGUCACGCAAGUCACGCACAUCGAAGAAAUAAUUUGCCUGAAAUUUCUCAUGCAGCAAAAAGGCUCGAAUUGGAAAGAUCCAAAUUAAUCUUCUGAUCUUCUUCUAUGGUAUGGUGGCAUUUAUCAUGUUUGAUGCGGUGGAAACCACAUUUCGUGGAGAUCUUUGACUCUUGGGACUUUGGAUUUGAUAUUGCGAUUUUCGUAUUUUUCAUGCAAUUUGUUUGAAAAUUUCGAAUCGCUGCAAUGUUUUCAGCACUAUAAGCAAUAUAUUUUUUUCUAGCAGACGGGCGAUUCACGAAACAUCUUGUCCACGUUCGCGCAUGAUAUAGUGGUUAAUGACAAGUAACGGGGAUAUAAUUCGAAAUGGAAGGACAAUACCACUUUUUCGUUCCAUUUAGCUUGCUAAGUCGUAGAACACUCGCGGUGGAAAGCUUUGUGUUCGUGAUAUCUCUGUGUCGUUUCAAUGGCUCAUCCACACUCUUGUAGAUGAUCGUUCGUGUUGAAAUUCCAUUACUGAUGAGAACAAUUAUCGCGCGCUAUGCAUCUUCUUAAACGAAUGGAAGAUAAACGAACCAUUGUAUGCAAUUUUCAGAAAUUUGCGCAGGAAUCGUUUGGACUUUUAAUGCCGCCUUCUGAAUUCACAGAGGCAACCAUCAUCUUUUUCAAUUACACAUUAAUCAUGAAACUGAAAGAUUUUAUUCCAGUAUUCUGAAGAUUUUAAUCUAUUUUAAUAUUGAUAUAAAGUAAUAUUUUUUUAUUGUUAAUAUUACUGAAUAAAACAGCAUAUUUAGAGAAGAAAAUGCACUAACUAAUACGCUAAAUCAUGUCAUCGUUACGUCGAUCAGAGGGCAACAAUCUGUUAGAUCGUUUUAUAGACGCGAGCAUAUCCUAUUGUUUGAGCUUACAGAUGAUAUAUGCAUACCGUUAUCUAGUCGCUACGUAGUAGAUACGUUAAGUUAUCAAUUAAGCGUUUACUUGUGCGUUAGAACUUGUAGGAUAGUGUGCAGACAACAAUAAUAUCGUAAUAAUAAGAAUAAUGAUAAAUCUAAAUAAUAAUAAUAAUAAUGCGACAUUUGCAAGUCCGCAUAGAGACGCGAAAAGACACGAUCCGAAGCGAGACAAUUUAUUUACCUGUACAAUUUAAGCAUGCAAAGUGUAUCGAAGUAAAAUGAAUCGAGAGCCGACGUCGUCGAACGAUAAUCGAACCACCGUCCUGGUACACUAAGUGUAUGCGUGGCGAGGAAAUGCAUUGAUGACAAGAGGCCUGAUAUUCUCCUUAUCCAGCUUGUUGCGAUUUUCGACAAUUCAGUUGAUGCGGCUAAUGUUCAUGCUACAUCAGUCGAAUUGUCAAUGAUCGCGAACAAUUACCGAAUGAUAGCUUCGAAUUUGGCCAUCUCUCAUGAGCGAUGAAUCAGGACGGUGCUUGCGUGAAACGACUGGUAAAUGUCGCUAAAUAGCAAAUAAUAAUAAUGCGAUACUGACAACUCUACAACGGGGUAGUGUUCAUUGUGCGCGUAGUAUUAGCUCGAUGAGUGCGUGAUAAGUUUGUGAGAUUGUGGUAGCAUGUCUUUAGCAAUACAAUAAUUUUAAGCGUUAAUAAUAAUCGCGUACAGUUGCGCGUAAUCUCUAAGUGUUUGUGGUAGUGAAUUUUUGAAUCGUAAGUUUCCGUUCUGUUAUGGUUUUACUUUCGUCCUUCUUAGUCGGUGGUGUAACGAUUACCGACCUGUGCAAAAAAGCAGCAUAAUUACACGUAAGAUUUUAUGCACUAUGUGUAAAUGAGAGGAGUGCAUAGAGAAACCUCCAUUACUUAUAUAUAAUCUGAGAAUAAUAUCUCUCGUCGCGUUCUAGGAACUUUAAGAUAUCGAAACGAUUAGCAAAGUAAGUUUCAGUUGAGUUUUGAAUUUUUUGUUCACGUUCUCAAAUCUGCUGAAAGACAGAAGAGGUCAUUCUAGUCCCUAGCUAUUAAGAAAAUCGUAUGACACGAACGGAUAUACUGUCGAUCAUACGUUGCUCAUAAGAUAUCAACAAAGGCGGCCAACAAAGUUGUGUAGAUUAAAUACGCCUGUUAGUUGUUAAUUGCCACUCUGAUCCUCGAUGACGUGAAUCUAAUAGUUCUCCGCAAACAUCUUGUUGACUCGUGCUUUUCUGAAAUCAUUCCAGAAAACUAGAAAAGUUACAAUCCAUUAUAAUAAAAUAAAAAUGCCGUACAUAAAUCGAUUAAAAUCAACGGGGAAAGAAAUUGACAAAGCAAUAUCUUGUGCCAUAAUUUCUAUUAAAUAUUAUUAAAUUAAACAUUAUUAAUUGCGUUUGCAGUUUUAUUAAACUACAAUGUACAAUAUCUUCAACUUAUUUUUAUCAUAUGAUAAAUUCUUCUCUUUCCAAACGGAAACAAUACAAGCAUUAAGAGAGUGCAAGAAUCAUGCAAGUUUUAAGAGAGUGCAUGCAGAAAAUCUGCAGAUCAAAAUCAGAUACUCUUCAAACCAGCGCAAAGCUUUCCAAGCUACAGUGUCGAGGGUUUUUCUUUGAGUUUGGUAUCUUAAACGGAUUUUGGGCAAGUUUUUCUUUACGGAAGCUUGCACCAAGACGUGACGUUUCCAGCUCGUGAUCUCAAAAUAUGCAUAAUACCGUCGUGCGAACCAGAACGGCGUUCGUGUAUCUAAGCAAAAAAAAAGAGAAAAAGCAUAAAUACAGUUAAACGUUGCAUGUAUAGAAGUUAGAAAGAAAUAAAGUAAUUAGUGAAUAAGUGUGACUCCGGCAUGUUUACAAUGAUAAUGAGAGAGUAUGGAUAGCGGAGAGAAAAGAUCGUGCAUGCGAUGCGAGCAUUGGAUUUUGAACAUUUAAUGGAGGACGAUCGACACUUGUCGCGUGUUUGUUGCGAUUCUGCGUAUGUUUGCCUCUCCAAUAGCUUCUCUGUUCCUGAAACAAAAGGGAAAAAUUGUAAGAGAGGCAAACAAUGCAGUUAUAUAAAAAUGUUACAAAAAUCCUCUCCAAUAUUAUUACACUUUAUAAAAGGCGCAUUACAAUGCAACUUGUUAAUUUCAUUCGUAAUCGUAAAUGUAUUUUAAUAGAAUCAUACAAUGCUCCUGAAUCCUCAAAGUUCAUCAUAGCGAGAUAUAUACAAGUUAGUUUCGUGAAAUGUGAUGAUAUUCUCCUUCUGUAUAAAGUAUAAUUUUGGUGUUAGUACGUACGCGAAAUAAAUAAUUGAAAAUGUAGGCACGAGAUUAGCACGAUCUCCAUUGCAAUAUAUAAAUGUGUCACGUGCGUAUCGAUCAAUCUCUCGUGAAACAGAAGCAUUACUUAACUCCACAUAAAUGAAGUAGAAAUCGUAGACGAUAGGACGAUAGACGGAUAGGGUAUAAAUCCUGUUGAUUCGACUCGGCAUACGAACUAAAUUGUAAAGGAAAGCGUACAAUAUAUUGAUAAUAUAACCGUUGUCCCUAUCGUAUAUUAAACAAUGUUCUGUACAGGUGAAAAAGUCUGUAAAGAUAUAAAGUUUAGUCACGCUUUUCGUGAGAUUGACAUGUAAGUUUUAGAAAGUAGGAUCGACGAAGAGUGCUAUGACGGCAGAUGUGUGACGCGUAGAUACAAGAGCAACGUGCGUUUCUUUGUGAAUAACGCUUCUUCUCAAUAUGCACCCGAUCGCCCUUAAAUGAGAUCAUCGAAGAAAGCUUUGUUUGUUGCAGCUUGUUGCGCUUUUUACUAUGCGAAUGUAUUUGCAUGCAUGGGAAUAAAUAAAGAGCUUCGUAGUAACGUUGCAGAAAUAUUAUGUCGGACAAUAUUAUGUCGUCUAAUAUAUAUUUAAAAUGCCGAGCGAUCUCUUAGGUGCGAAAGUGGCAAGUUUUAUUGCGUUCACUCUAGAGAAUUCUCUUUAAAUUCAAGUGAGUUGUCACAAGGAGAUCUGCCAAAGACUCUGAAUUUGUAAAAUUUGAAAUGUGUUCAAAGCUAAUGAGUUCUUAGACCGUUAAGACAAUUCAUAGUGGGUGUGCUAAGCGAAAUAUCUAUAUAAACACAUAUAGAUACAUGUUAUUAAAUUCAAUAUCGAUGUUGUAAUUACACGUUACUUGUGACAAUGAACGUUACAUUAACGGAUGAUGACAUUUAAGGGAUAAUCGACGCGAACCGGCGCUGAAACAAAUGUAUCAUUUUGUUGCGUUGUGGCAAAUAGCAUAUAAUGUAUGCAAGCAGACUCGAAUAAAGCAACUUACGUUACAUAUCGUAAUCCAGAGCUUUCUGUAAAACACAGCACGCGCGUGUAAGCAGCGUUCCUUCUAAGCUACGCAAGUAUGCGAGAUCGUUAAUCAUGCGCAUGUACAUAAAGCGCGUAUGAUAAAUUUUGACCAAUUUAGUAUAAUAAUCUGGUAUGGUACAUUUCUUUUAACAUUGUACUUAAGCAAGUGCAGAAAGCCCUACUUUGCAAGUGCUUCGAGGCAAUUAGAGGGAACAUUGCGUAUGAGGCAUAUGUAUAUAAGCUACUACAAUAUGAAAGUAAACUGGCGUCUCUCUGAUUUAAUUUAAGCACGGGACACUUUGCAAUCUAUAAGAAAAUAACUAGUAAUUCUCAGAGUACCUCCUACUGUGCAGAAUUUAUGACUCAAGGAUGCGUUAUCAGAGAUACGCAAAGUAUUGAUAAUGGUAGUAUUUUUGCAGGCUCAAAAACCGGAAAUAGAUUUUCUAGAAGGAUUGCAGCAACGAUCACGUCGCAAAAGAAAAGUAUUUCUAAAGACAAAGUUUUUGCUUGCGUGCACGUGGAUCUUGAUCGAUUUAAGACAAAAUUACGCAAUAGACCUCGUGAUAUAACAAUACUCAAGAAAUACGUCUCAAAUACUAAAUAGAUAUUUCAAAGACCUUUCAAUUUAAAACGCAAUUGAAUUCAAAUAGACGACGUAAGUGUGAUUAAGAAAAAAAAUACAUUUUUGGUAUUAACUGAAGAAAGUUUGCGUAGAAUUAGCAUCGAAAGGAAGCCUAGACUUCGAGAACCUUUGUCUUACGGUGGCACGAAUUACUGUAACUCACAUAAAUUCCGCAUUUUGAGUGGCAAAUGUUGCCAAUUACAAUUUUGACGGCCAGAGAGCUAAUUACGUAACGAAUGCUUGUACAACAAUUAUAGCGCUACACCGAUAAUUCACGUACGUGUAUAUUUCCCGCAUUGAGCUCGUAAAAUCCACAAAUUAACGUAAAUUAACAGCAUAGUGGAUUGUAUAACGUGGAGAGUAACGUAGCGCAAUUUAAACGAAGUAGACGAAGACUUUUCGUUCCGGUUUCUCGAUUUGUUUCAUCAUUCGAGAGCGAAAUGGCAUCGGCUCUUUAAGAGCGGCCAAGUUGUAACAGAAAUAAUGCAUAAUACAUAUAAUAAUAAUAAUUCCCUAUAAAUAAACGGAGGAAUACUGGGAAUAUCUAGAAGUACCCCUGCAAUUUCUAACUUGUAACUUACAAACAUACGCGUGUGUGUAACGACGUAACCGUAUCCAUUACGUCAUACGUGUAUCUAUUAUUUAAAAUUGUAAUCUAUUCACUAUAAAUGUAUGAUAAAUGUAUGCAAAAAGUACCAAAAUGAACAGCAGAAGCGUUUUGAGGAACCUACGGCAUGUAUAAUAAUUUACGAGUGUGUGAGAGAGAGAGAGAGAGAGAGAGAAGAAAAGUGAGAGACAGAAUGCGACAGAUCAUUUUUGGGAGUGAAGACGAAAUAAAUGUACUGUUAGCUAAUGGUACCAGCGAUAAAUUCUAUGUACCGAUAAAUAAUAUAUAUACAUUGUUUAAGGGACGAAAA